AUGGUCCAACUACAUAACUUUUUCUUUUUCAUUACUUCUAUGGUCGUGCCUCGUGGCACGGCAGCACCCUUACUAUUGAAAUGGUUCGUCAGUAGAGAUGUUCCCACAGGUGCCCCUUUUUCCAAUGGGACUAUAAUUCCUAUUCUUAUCCCUUCAUUCCCUCUUUUGGUCUAUCUACAUUCCAGGAAAUUCAUACGCUCCAUGGACGGAGCAAAAAGUGGAGUCUUGGUCAGAGCAAGCCGCCCUAUUCUAUUACCAGACAUAAUUGGGAGAAGCUCAUCCGAAACUAGAGCUGGAAACGCCUCAUUUCGUUUCGUUCCCGUUCUUCAUUUCCUUCUUAUCGAAUCCAAGGGGGACUUCUCAUAUUUAGAAUCUUUCUGCGGUGUGCUCUGUUUACUAUUCUUUCGUACUCUCUUCUCUUUACCACGCGAUAGGUCAGCAAAGCGUGAGCGGGCGCGGAGAAGGAUACACCAAAGACUUCGGCCUAACCCUAACGGGAAUGAGCAACAACGAAAUGACAAGAUGGGGUGCUCCGGGCACCCCCAUUUAGAAAGAAGGGUCGAAGGUUUUGGGCCUGUAGCUUUCCCCGUCCCCCCUUCGUCGGGUGGUGCUUGUGUGGGGGGUGUGCCACCUGAACCUGAAAUCGGGCUUGAAGCUCUCGCCUUACCAACGAGCCGACAGCUGAUGGCUGUUGGUCACGACUACCACCAAAAAGCUCCAAUGAAGAUGAAUAUUUCACAUUUUGGAGUGUGCAUCUGUAUGUUGGGUGUUCUUCUGUCUAACACAAAGAAGAUACAGUUCACUCAACGAUUGCCUUUGGGUUCCGAACUCCAUAUGGGGGAGGAGCGUUGUUGUUUCCGAGGUCUCGAUCAUUUACAUGGACCCACUUCUCAUUCCAUUUGUGGGAAUUUGAUGAUCUAUAAACCGUCCCUAACGAACGAUCGCCUCAUGUUUGAGCAUGAUGAAUCACUUCGUGCCGACCUGUUGCCAAUAAACUUUCCGGCCUCAUAUGAGAAUGGAAAACUGGAUAAUUUUCUGCAUCGGUGGAUGAAGAAUAGCGAAAAUAAUAAUUUAUGGUUGACCAUGUUCCCAGAAAAAAGAUACUUUAGAGAAACAACGAGCACGACUGAAGUGGCUAUACAUACAAAUCCAUUUACGGAUAGAUAUGCUUCGAUUGGAACUGGAAGUUCCAGAACAGGCGGCUGGUAUACCACCAUAAUUAAACUGCCUUUUAUUUUUUUAAUUCGGAUAGGAUUUAUGUUGGCUUCGUCGGGAGGCUCGCGUAGUUUGUUACGUCAGCUCCAAAAGGAUAAGUUGCGUUGGAAUCGAGAAAGUUCCGUGGAAUUCUUAAUUGCAUUAAAAAAAUAA